UGGCAGUGUAAGGGGUGCCGGGUAGAAGUAUCAAACUGAGAAUAAUGGCUUCACCCUGCAUACUCAAAGUCAUAUUGGUGGACAACACCUGCCAGAGGCUAACACUACCAUGUGGACUUCCUCAAUCUGUGAGUGAGCUUAUGGAAGAAGUACAGCGCCAGUGUGGACUGACCUACACCUUCAACCUACAGUUUAUGGAUCCACUCUUUAAUGAUGACUUCAUGAAUCUGACCUCAGUAUCUGAAAUACAAAACAGAGGCACUAUUAAGGUGGUAAAUCUGUCAGAUCCAACCAUUUUACAGUCACCUGUUUCAUCUGCUGGUUGUCGUUCACCGUCAACUUCAAGUUUUUCUGGUGUGAGCUGUCCUGAUACAGACAUUCUUUCUUCAACUGAGUCUCAGUCUGAGCCAUCCACUUCAAGGUCAUUGUGGCCAGACAAGUUUUGUGUUCCUCAGUUUUCCUUUGACUCUGAGUUAAAACUUGACCGAGCUAAUGCAGAAUAUAAAGAAAAUGGGACACUUCUGACUCCAGAUAACAAACUUUUGUCAAACAUUCUCGAUGGACUUGUGCAAGAAAUUGUUCAUUAUGGACUUUAUAUAACCGACAACCAGUUCAACAGUGUGGGUGAGGCGCUCAUACUAAAGCAUCCCUGUCUGUCAGAGCGAGCCUCAGUAAGUGGGUAUGCUGGUUGGAAACAUCGCUUAAAAAACAAGCUUUCAAUUUACCGAACUCAGUUACGAAAACUUGGUUGUCACGAAGUAACUGUCAAUGCUUUGAGCCACAAGCCACAAGGCAAAGGCCCUGCUUUUGCCAUUAAAAAGCCAAGGCGCUCUGAAGUGAACUAUUGCCCCCCCUAUCCCACAGGAGAGACUGAGGAAACUUUAGAAACACUUCGAGUGGAACUUAUAAUGGAUGUAAAAAAGAGGAACGGCAAAGAAACAGUGCAUCGAAAAAUGGACAAGACGUUCUCAUACAGAAGAUUAGUGUCACGGAUCAGCUGUGACCAUGACAAUUAG